AUGAGCUAUAUGGAGUGGCAUCCAAGCCGCUUUUUCCAUCCCGAAGGCAGUCCAGCACCGUACGCCCUGUUGAUCUUGAACCAACCAAUCAACGAGAGGGCCUAUGAGGUAUUGAGUGAACAUGCUUGCUACGUUAUUUGCGCCGACGGUGGUGCCAAUCGGCUGUACGAUUUAACAAAAAACCAAGGGCAAGAGUCAACAGAACUUCCCAAUGUCAUUGUUGGUGACUUGGACUCACUUCAUCCAGCGGUACGCUCGCAUUAUGAAAAGCUAGGAGUUACCAUUUUGGAAGAUCCAGAUCAAUAUUCAACGGACUUCACUAAAUGCUUGAAAUAUCUCAAUACACAUGCAUCCGAGAUCAUCGCAUCUCCUCGUCGACCUCGAGGCUCUGCCUCUCAAACAAUCUCAGAGUCAUUACUUGAAGUCGUCAUUCUUGGCGGCCUCGGUGGUCGUGUUGAUCAAGCCUUUUCCCAAAUUCAUCAUCUGUACAUGAUGACCGAAACACAACGAGAGCUUCGUGAAAUCCAGCACAGUACUAGUGACCCAAAUGACCAUCCUGGUGGUGACAAAACUCCCAGGCUAGCUACAGGUGGAAGUCUCUAUCUAGUCUCCGAGGAAAGCAUCACAUUUGUUUUGCACAAAGGCCGGAAUAUCAUCCAUACGCCCGCAACGAGACGUGCAGAUAUCGUCUCAGCUGCUUCGGCCCUUGAAUCGCAGCCCGAAGUCCCUGGAAUGUCCGGGAGUGGCAAGUCUGGUGAACAGAAAACAAAAUACUUUUUUGAAGAGAACGUUGGCAUCGUUCCUCUGUCUGCUCCGGCUACUAUCACUACUCAAGGCUUUGAGUGGGAUGUGCAAGACUGGCCCACUGAGAUCGGGGGUCAAAUAUCUACAAGUAAUCACAUUCGAGCAGAAAGGGUUGAAGUGAAUGCUUCAGUCCCCGUACUGUUUACUGUGGAACUGGCGCAAAGAUUAAAGAGGUAA